AUGACCACGGCAGUCAAAGACCUAUACAACAGGCUCUCCUCGAUCUACACAUCUCUCUAUCCACCAACCUUGGCGAAGCGUACUGUCUCUGAUGGCGCUUCUUCCUCUGCAGGCCCACUGAGGAUGGGCAUUCUGGGAGCAGCCGCCAUUGCUCCUGGAGCUGUCAUCAAUCCCGCCAAGACACAUCCCGAUAUCAUCGUUUCAGCAGUAGCUGCUCGUUCCAAAGACCGUGCCACAGCGUUCGCCAAGAAACACGGCAUCCCCCAUGUCUUUGACUCGUACGAUGACCUCAUCAACGAUCCGGGCAUUGAUGUUGUCUAUAAUCCUCUUCCCAACGGCCUUCACUAUGAAUGGACCCUCAAGUGCAUCGCUGCCAAGAAGCAUGUUCUUCUCGAGAAGCCUUCCACCUCCAACGAGCAAGAAGCCAGGAAAGUCUUUGAGGAGGCCAAGAAAGCCAACGUGCUCGUUCUUGAAGCCUUCCACUACCGCUUCCACCCUGCGCUGCACGAAUUUGCCUACCGUCUUCAUGACUUGAUGUCUCCACAGAACCCUAUGACGCAAGUAUCGGCCUUCUUGUUCGGCCCCGCGGGUCUCGUCAAGGAUGACGACAUUCGCUUCAACUGGAAGCUUGCUGGAGGUGCUUUGAUGGACGCCGGCUGCUAUCCCACUUCUGCCGUGCUAUACACCAUGCGCGCUGCUGCAGGAUGCUGGCAACGUGCGAAUUGGGAAGACGGAAUCGAAGUGCGCGAGGCUCGCCCGACCCACUUCUACCCACAAUCAGCUGGAGCAAAGCAUCACUUGAACGACAAGGGCGACCCAGCAGUCGACCUUUCCAUGGACACCACCAUCCUCGUCCCCACCGCGCGACCCGCGAAACUUCCUUGCAAGAUCGAGACUUCGCUUGGUCGAUCCCUCUUCACCCUUCCUCUCCUUGGCUGGCGUGUCCCCAACACUAGCCGCAUCUGCCCUACACUCAAGGCAACCUUCAAGGACGGGAGCACGGUGGAACUGCAAAACUUCGUCGCGCCCUUCUUAUGGCACAAGAUCGUGGCUACCUAUCGCGGCAAAUCGGCAAUCAACGCCAACGUGCCGCAAGGAACGACAAAGAGCUACAAAGCCUACGUGCCCAGUGACACUUCGGGGACAGACCAGAUGCGUAGGGCGGCAAAGGACGGCCACUGGCCCAAGGGAACCGGUGAGGUGUGGUGGACAACCUACAGGUGGCAGAUGGAAGCAUUUGUUCUGGGUGUUAGGGCAGUGCAGGCAGGCACACCAGCACACGAAGUCAGCCCGAUCAACAUGAUCAAUGAGGACCGAGAGGGGGAGAAGAGAGUUCCGGUCUGGGUGCAGAACGAGGAGUCUGUGAUCAUUAUGAAGACUAUUGAUGCCAUUUACGAGAAGUCCGGGCUUGCAAAAAGAGUCUCACCAAGCUCUUGA